CCACGGACCGUGUGUCUCUGACGCCAUCUCUGCCUGUCGCAUCGUCCUGAAGUUCAGAUCCCGACGAACUUCACGUUUCGGUGGACAAUAUGUCUUCGUCCAGGGGCGAAGGGGAGCCUGCGGUGACCUCCGGGAUGGGAUCUGGGAAAGAUUCUACAAAACGGUCGUCUACGACCUCGAGGACGUGGUCCGACCACGCUAGGUUGAAAUGGUUUGCAACUGGUGCUGUGGGGAUGCAUCAAACCCAGCACAACAGCCGUGUGGUCCUGUGAUCUUCGUCAAAGCCAACAAGCAGCAUAGGGUGCUGGGGGCUGUCUUGCGGUGGGAGAAUACGAAAGGCAGUUGUCGACCGUUCUACAUAAAAAAUGUCUACGGUGCGAAGGGGAACAUUGUCRCCGGUGCCAAGGGGGCGAUUCUGGACAUGCGUCUGUUCGAGGGGUUCGGAGCGGGUGCUGCGAACACCCCGUUCUACAACAACCUCUGGCGGCAGGGCGGGUUUGUUUUGGGUCGAGAGUUAUUUGACUUGUUGGAGGACAAGGACAUCGCCCUCGACGUCCCUUGCGAAGUCGGCCCCGACUUGGAACUGUCAAUGCCUUUGCAGCCGUGCGGCGGUUGUGAGUCGAGCGAGGCAGCGGGGGAGGGGGGGGAUCUCGGUUCCGGGGAGGCUACACAGGUGCAGCGGGAGGAUGCCAGAGGCGUCGUUCACAUUAAAUGGAAAGACACGGGGGACAUGACAUCCAUCGCGCCGUUCGCCAAUGACCCUUUAGAGGCGGACAUCAGGGGCGCAGAGCUGAAGAAGGCAGUGGCUGCCACAAAGAGCCACACGUUCGUCCUCGAUCUAUGCGAGCUGGUUGCCCUCAAACUGUGGAAGCCCCAAGCAUGGGAGACUUUGAAUUCCUAUCUUCAGACGUGGUGUCCCUCGCAUUGGACUCUCGUUGUUUUCGUGCCGCGGCAGCACAACUUGCCGUUUCUCGCCAGCAUGCACCAUCUUUCUUUCGUCAAGCUGUUGGAAGGGAAGUGGGUGCGGAGAGUGCAAAAAAAAAAAAGCUUCCCCGUUGGGAACAAUUUGUACAUGGAGGAAGACCGCAUGUACAUCCUCUUCAAGGGUGACGAUCUGCGCGUCAACACGUCUGUGGUCUACGAGGGAAACCUGCCCACGGGUGCCGCUGCUGCGGUGCGAUUGCCUCAGAGGGUCACCCAGACUGAUGUGUCCGAGAUUCCUUUCACGCCUUGCGACUGGUCGCUGGUGGUGCCUGAACGACAGGGCAGCGUCUACGGGGAUAUGAAACGCAAUCCGACCCAAUUCGUCGGUCUUCUUGAUUUUCUUGGCAAGAAGGGAGAGGGUGUCGUGUUCCUUGGGAAACCGCACGCGCGAAGCGUCUGGGAGCUUCUGAAGGCCGGCCGGCACGUUGUCGCAAUGGAAAGGAACUCCGACCUCUUGCAAUUCACGAUGCAGGUGGUGAAAAGCGAGGUCAAUUUGGGUGGGCACAAUUAUGAGUUCAUGGUCGUGAGGCCAACACGGGAUAAGGUGUGGAGCAACAAGACGGAUAUGUGGUUCAAGUUGAGCAAGAGAAAGAGGAACAAGAUAUACGAUUUCUUGUUCCUUCAAACGCGUCCGAGGAGGGACACUGACGCCGAGUACAUCCGCCGGAAGGACCACAUGUUGGCACUGCUCGACAACUACCACUUCGCCUCCCGCAUGAACGCGAAAACGUUUAUCGAAAGGCUGCAGUCGCUGUACUUCGUGGAGUCCGAGGAGCAGUUGAAGUUAGCCAGUCACGCUUCCCUUAUCUCCACUGACGACGAGGAAGCCAUAGGUGUGGAGUUUGUCGCCAACGCGAAGGAGGAGGAGAGCGACACRGAGAGCAUCGACCUGCAGUACGAUCCGCCUCCGGCGGACCAUGGCCGAGGGUCCUCGUCGGACGGUCCAUCACCAAGCGCUGCAGCCCUCGUGUCACCAAUGGCCAAACYGGCGCCGGGCACCACGCCGAUGAAGUUGCUGGAGAGACUUAGAGCUCUGGCCGCCCCCCCGCCCGCUUUGCGUCCCGGGUCCGUUGUCCCGCCCGAUCAUCCGUSUUGGAAGGAUGACAACGUUCACUUCCUGCUUGAACCGCAACGUCAUUCACYUGAGCAGGACUGGUGCCAUGACAUGGUUUGGCAUCCGGGAGUCAUCCAGCCAGCGAUACGAAAUGGCGAGUGGGUCAUGGCCGUGGCGAUCUCGGGCGCGGGAUGGGUGUCAUUCCCACGCGAGUCGAAGUCCAACUUCCUGCACCUCACGAGGAUUUCGGUCCUCCAGAAAGUGAAGGUCGAAAAUGACACUUUAGCACCCGGCGACCUGUCCCUCAUUUCCACUGUCGGUCGACUGUUCGACGAGCUUCAGGACAAGUGCUGGUUGGAAUUGACGGACGACUACUACGAGCUCGACAUGAGUCCAUCGAAGGGCAUGGUGGACUGGAAAGUGCCCCCUCCCAGUGGACCGGACGGUGGUUCCGGGGGGGGGUCACCUGGAAGCGGAGGGGAUGGGGGUGGCGACGCAAGGGGUGGCAAAGGAAUCCCGCCUAUGGGGGAGAGAGGGUCUCACGGCCGCAACACGACACCGGGAGGCAGCGCCRGGGUUGCGGGUUUCGCCUUCGACCGGACUCCGACGGAGACGUCGUCUGAGCGGGAGCAACGGCCGCAAGGAUUGCAGCGGGAGGCUGCAAGUGCAGGGUCCGGCGACACAGAGACCAUGAAGUCCGCGGAGAUCCGAACUUCUUCGGGCGGGGUUUGUCGGCCAAGGAUUGUCGUGCCGUUGAGAGGGGCAGCGUGCACGGGGACGGAAGGGCGGUCCUCGAGAUUCGGCACGGGUACCGCGGAAGGGGACKAGUUUCGUGGGAGGGAAGUAGGGGAGAAAAUGGAGGAACAGAAGGGAGCGCAAGAAGGGGAGGAAGAAGGGGAGGAAGCGGGAGAAACGGAGCUAAUUGAUUUGUUUGAAGGAAGAGAGGGUGCCGGGUCUGGAGAAGACGAAGUGGAACACAGURAGGACGAUGCCGGAUCUGGAGAGUCGUCUGACGAGUUCGGAUAACUGUAUAGAGAGCAUCACGAGGAUGAUGUCGACGACGAUGCCACRACAAAAG